AUGAACGGAAAUAAACCGAUUUGGACGAGAAGUCCUAAAGAUGUAGAAGAAACCGAUUAUGAUGAAUUUUAUAAGCAAUUCUCGAAAGACACUGAAUCACCAUUAACCAAAACUCACUUUGUUGCUGAGGGAGAAGUUACUUUCCGUUCAAUCCUAUUCGUUCCCCAGAAAGCUCCCUAUAACUUUUAUCAAGAAUUCGGCAAACAUCUUGACAACAUUAAGUUAUAUGUACGCCGAGUUUUUAUCACCGAUGACUUUCAGGAUAUGAUGCCUCGCUACCUGUCCUUUAUUCGUGGUGUAGUUGAUUCAGAUGAUUUACCCUUGAACGUUUCUAGAGAGACGCUUCAACAACAUAAGCUUCUCAAAGUAAUCAAAAAGAAGUUGGUUCGUAAGGCCUUAGAUAUGAUUAAAAAAAUGAACCCCGUUGAUUUUGAUAAAUUCUGGAAAGAAUUUGGCACUAGUUUAAAAUUGGGUAUAAUGGAAGAUUCUUCAAAUAGAACUAGAAUAGCCAAAUUGUUAAGAUUCUUUUCUUCGUAUACACGAGAUGAUGAAACUACCACUCUUAGUGAAUAUAUUGAACGUAUGAAAGAUAAACAAGAACAUAUCUACUUUAUUGGUGCUCAAAGCCGUCAAGAAGCUGAAGCGUCUCCAUUUGUUGAGCGUUUACGUCAAAAGAAUUAUGAAGUAUUAUAUCUUACUGAAGCUGUUGAUGAAUAUGCACUUCAGGUAUAA